CUUCAUUCAUUCUUUCUUUAAAAGAAAAAAGAAAUACAGUCCAAAAAAUCACAUGAAUCUUCCUUUUUACUAUAUAUAGUCAUUAGGAUUUGGAAUGAAACAGUAGCCCAUAGAAAAAUUUGUAGUAAUAAUAAUUACUUAUGGCUAAUAAGGUGAUAUUAGUUCCAUAUCCAGCUCAAGGCCAUGUAACUCCUAUGCUGAAACUGGCCGCAGCCCUUCUCAACCACGGCGGUUUAGCUCCGAUGUUGGUGGUGCCGGAGUUCAUCCACCGUCGUAUCUCGCCACAAAUUGAGGCGGCAACCGGCGGAAGAAUCCCUUGUGUGGCCAUCCCUGAUGGCCUAGAUGAUGAUGAUGAACAACCAGUUGACUUCUUUGUUGUGGAGAGGGCUAUGGAGGAAUCCAUGCCCCUUCAUCUUCAAAGACUUGUUCUUCAUCAUCAAAGUCGCCGUCAUGGCGGCGGUGGUGGUGGGGUUGCAUUUAUGGUGGUUGAUUUGUUGGCCUCGUACGCCAUUAAUGUUGGGAAGACUUGCGGAGUUGAGGUUGUUGGGUUUUGGCCAGCCAUGUUUGCUACUUACAAGUUGAUUGCUUCCAUUCCUGAGAUGGUUGAGUCCGGCCUCAUUUCUGAUGAUUCAGGUUGUCCACUCCAAGAUGCUCCCAUGAGCCUUGUACCUGGGCAGCCUCCAAUUUAUGCUAAGGAAAUGCCAUGGCUAAUUGGCACAUCAACUGCUAGAAAAGUAAGGUUCAAAUUUUGGAAAAGAACCUUUGACAGAUCAACAACACUUGGAUCUUUACUUGUGAAUUCCUUUCCAGAGGAAUGUAACUAUUUUCCUAAUCAUUAUGAUUCCAAUGAAGACUUAAGCAAGCCUGUCCAGAUCAUCCCAAUUUGGCCCAUAAAUUAUGGUACAAAUGCUGCCACUGGUACCUUUUGGGAGGAAGACUUGAGUUGCUUAGAAUGGCUAGACAACCAAAGUCAUGGUUCAGUUAUAUACAUAUCAUUUGGAAGUUGGGUGAGCCCAAUUGGGGAGGCAAAGGUAAAGGCGUUGGCAUUGGGUCUAGAGGCGUCCAAAAGGCCUUUUCUCUGGGUCCUUGGGCCUCUAUGGCGUAAAGGGCUGCCGCUAAAUUUCAUAGACAAAAUGACAUCUAAAGGAGUACAAGGAAAAAUCGUUUCCUGGGCACCCCAAAUGAAAGUGCUUCAACACGAGGCCGUUGGUUGUUAUUUAACACAUUGCGGGUGGAAUUCAACUAUGGAGGCCAUAGAAUGCAAGAAGAGAUUGUUGUGUUAUCCUGUGGCUGGUGAUCAGUUCUUGAAUUGUGCUUAUAUUGUGAAUUUGUGGAGAAUUGGGGUGAGGUUGGAUGGAUUUGGAGGGAGAGAUUUGAAUGAAGGGAUAAAGAAGGUUAUGGAAGAUAGGGAGAUGAGUGAGAGAAUUGUGAAAUUGAAUGGGAGGUUGAUGGGGAAACAGCGUUGUAGUAGGAAUGUGGCUGCCUUAACCACAUUUGUAAAUAGUGUGAUGAGGAGAUAGGUUGUUUUCAGAUGAAACAUAAAUGUAUUUGAUAUUGGCAUAUUAAGGAUAUAAAUGUCUAUUUCAAUCCAAAUUCUUUUAUUACAAAUUUGUUCGUCC